AGUGCUUGCACGUGAGUAGUUUAAAAAAUUUCUCGAGUCAUGCUUCGUCAUUCGUUUUUCAAAAUUUCAAAAUUUGGAGCGGAUCAAACGACUACGAGAAAAUAACAUGCAUUUCGUGUAUCUGUGCGUAGGUGUUGGACAUAUUAAAAAAUCAUGAUGGUGAGGUGAGAUUUUGAAAUAAAAAAAAAAUUAUUAUCACUUACCUUGAUACACGAAAUAGCCUAAUGGCUGUAAGUCAGUGUGAGGCUUUAAUUAUCAAAUUUCAUUGUAGAAUUGUGAAAUCAUUUUUUGAUUAUUAAACAAGGACGAUCUUACACUUUGAUAAUUAAUCAUUAUUACGUUCGGAUGAACUUUGACCUCAGUUAUAGGAUUAGGGCGACGUAUGGCAAUCAUUUCGUAAUUGGGUAAUCAUAUUCAAUGUGUCCAUAGUAAAUGCAAAUGUUACAGCACAGUAUAAGCUGCGGUUCUUGUGUACAAUGAUAGAUGACAUGUAGAUCCAUGACAUCGAGUGACGCGUUUCUUUAUCAAAACUGAAACGAGGCUUAAUCUGUAUUUAAUGAACUGACGAAACCCAAUCUGAAUCAUAUAGAACCAACUUAAGAAAAUUAACUAUUAAUCUUUACUAGAAAACCACAUAUAGUAGUGAGUAUACGGAAGCUAUAAAAAAAAUUUGCGAACCGCUAGAUUUGUUUGACAUAUUCAUCAUAGUUUCGCAUUAUUAACAGAAUCAUCGUAACGAAUCUGUUGACUCUUCUUCGCUCGGGAAAUCCCAUGAAGCCGCCGAAUCAUCGGGAUGGGCAUUGACUACGGUUCAUGAUCAAACCUGGUUUGACCAAGGUUCCAUUUUUAUGUCCUUUUGAUCAAUUUGGAAACGCCAACUCGGCACGAGAAAGUUCAAUUUCUAUAUACUUUUAUUUGCAUCUAUACGUAUACAUCUUUAUUUAUGCUUACGUACUGUUUAUAAUAGAUCAGCACAAUCUUCAGCUUACUAUCUUACUAUAAAACUAUAUAUGCAUAUAUGAACUUUUCAAUGAACAUUUGCGAGGACAUUACCGAUUAAGCGGCAUUCACAUCGGCACAUUGAAAUGUUAAGAAAAAAAAAAGCUGAACCUUGAGAAACUUAACAUUGAAGUUCUAAUCCAUCUUAGCUACGUCUAACCAUUUCUAAAUCCAUCUUAAUUCCGGGUGCUUGGCACUACAAAUUUUGAAAAGUUCGGUGUGAGCCUCGCUUUACGUUCCUCUGGUACAUGUUAUAUAUAAAAAUGAUAUCAGGACUAUCCUCAUAGAAUACAAAACUCAUAACUAUCAUUAACAAAUAUACUAAUACAUUAUCUUGGUACAGUGAUAUGCUGAGUUGUCAAAAAUUUAUUAAAUAAUCUUAAUUUUUUUAUAAAAACGUUUAUUUAAAUUUUCAACAAUAGUUCAACUGUUGUGAAUCUUAUGCAACUCAUAACGAACCACGGUGCUAUUGGGUACGUCAGAAUGUCAAUGAACUUACAAUUAGUAUCGAUCACUAGCUUAUCUGUCAAGGAAAAAUUAUGGCGGGGUUUUUUAAAAUAGCGCAAAUUCCUUAAAGGCAACAGUAGCUCGUAAUUAUCCUCACGGUAGUUGCGUGCGUGACGUUUCUGUUUUUCCUUCCUUUUUCUUUUUUCUUUAAUUCAAACUGCGUACAACUAGCAGUGGGAGGGGAAGUCACCCCCCUUAAAAUCCUGCUGCACGACGAAACGCCGAAUGUCUGAUGGACGUCGUUCGAGCCUUGGUCACUCGUUUGCCACACGCACGUUGAAAUAGAAGUCGCGAACACUUCGACAUGUCUGUCGAUUAGUGUGUCUAGUCUAUUGAUCGUAAGGGCAAUAAAAAAUUGGUGGAAUCGUGAAUUUUGAAAAUUUCCUCCUCGUAAUAUAUUAAAUUUCGAAAAUAUUAGGUUGUACCACUUUUUUAUAUUUUUUUUUCUCCUACGGGGCACACUAUUAGCUUUGCAUUGUGUAAUAGUCGAGUAAAUUUCAUUUUGAAAAUUUUCAAUCAUUUCGGAAAACCAUUUCCGAAAUGAUCGUCGUAUUAGGGUGGAUCGCGCUGUGCGCGAUAAGUUUUUCGCAGGCUAGUAAAACCGUGGAAAUUUUAACCCCGGGACUGAAUACCAUCAAGGAGGAAGAGAUCCUGCGUGUCCUCGCGCAAAAUAAAACCGAAUCCUCGGAGAACUUCACUUUCGUGGAACUCGUCAGUAACUUGCAGAAUCACACGGAAUUGACGAAAAAUGCUGCUGAUCAGGAAUGGAGAAUUGAUCCGCCCGAAAUAUCCUGGACUAAUCCGUACUACGAAAACUUUCGAACGGAAAUUGAUCGCGAGACUCGACGGCUGCUACAGGUUGUACCAACCUACGAACCCGGUGCUGGCUCAGUGAGUUCUGAGUGCAAAAGACAGUCGGACGUAUUUCAGCGGGAACUUUCAAAAUUCACAUUGUGGGCUUUGAAGAUGUACGAUGCCACAGCCAAGAUCCCUUCGGGUCUUCUCAAUGGAAACGUCAAUCAAUUGGGCGAUUUCGACGAGUGCGUCGGGAUCAAAGGUAGCGAUGGUAUUCGAGGAAAAUAUUGCUUGGCUUAUUUGCAAUUGGACAUCGAUCGAUCACGGCCUGAUUUAGUUCACCUGCACAGACUUCUUCAUUCCCACUACGCAUUUCGUAGUAACAUGUCAGACCCUGGACACCGCGUACCACGAUUUAGCACCGUCAACUGGGCUAUAUGCACGCCUGCGGCCUGUUCACAUCGCGACGUUGAAAUUUCACUGAGACAAACUUUAGCCAAACACACAGCACAAACUGGAUUGAAGAUUACAGUUCAGGUAGACCAGGAGAUGUGUCAGGUUAGAAGGAUCGAGCCAUUGCCAACGUCGACGAUAAUCGUUGGACUCCUUUUCGCCGGUGUGAUAACGAUGUCUAUUGUCGCAGCUGUCUGUGAUCAUUAUGCACUCAAUAGCAAUGAGAUUCUACUGUCAUUUUCACUCAAGAGAAAUUUCAACAAGCUGAUUUCAUUCGAAAGAGCUGAAGGCGACAUUGCUACUCUUCACGGAGUCAGAGCACUGAAUGCCAUGAUGUUAAUUGUCGCUCACAAAUGCAUGGCACUGUUUUUCAAUCCUUAUAUGAAUAGGACUGACAUGGCCGAGUACCUGGGUAAACCGUGGACCGUAAUUGGAAGAGCAGCUAGUUUAUAUACGGAUCCGUUUAUCAUGUUGUCUGGCCUGUUAACGACUUAUUCGUUUGUCGGUAGACUUAACAAAUAUAAUAAGCUUAAUGUUCGUAAUGAGUAUCUAUCAAGAUUGCUCAGAUUGGUUCCGACCUUGGCAGCCCUUAUACUGUUUUGUACAUAUAUCAUGCCGUUUAUUGGGUCGGGUCCUCAAUGGAAUCUCGUUGUAACUCAUCAUGCUGACAUAUGCAAAAAAACAUGGUGGAGAAAUUUCUUAUUCAUUCAUAACUACUUUGGAUUUGAAAAUAUGUGUUUGACGCAUACACAUCACUUGGGUAUCGAUACUCAACUGUUCGCCUUAUCGCCGUUGAUGAUAAUCCUGUUGUGGAAGAAGCCUAAGAUCGGUGCUGCCAUACUUGGCGCUGUGGCGAUAGCUUCUACUGUUUUACGUUAUUACGUUACAUAUUUUAAGCGGUUGAACAAUUACGUGUUCUUCGGUACUUCGAUAAGGCAGCUGUUCGAUACGGCGAAUUUAUCGUACAUCUUGCCAACGCACAGAUUAACGGUUUAUAUUAUGGGAAUUUUAGUGGGAUACUUGCUCAGAAAUUGUCCAAAAGGUUACAAGCUUAACGGAACUGUUAUCAAUAUCGGAUGGAUAGUCAGCAGUUUAAUGUUUAUCGGUGCAUUUAUUGGUCCUGCAAAAAUGGGCUCCAUCGAUUAUAUUUACAAUCCAACCCACGCUGCAACGUACAAUGCAUUUGCGCCAAUAGGCUGGUGUGCUUUAUUUGCCUGGAUGGCAUUUUUGGCGCACACAGGAAAUACCAAUGACUGGCUUACCAGAUUAUUUGCCUGGCGUGGAUUUUUAGUAUCGACGCGUCUGAGCUAUGCUGUUUACUUGACGCAAUUUCCGGUUUUCUUUUACAACGUCGGUCAGACGCGCAGUGCCGAGCACUAUGAAUUCUUUAGGAUGCUGUUUAACGUCAGUGAAUUUCUCUGGAUUAUAAUCACAUCGGUGAUAUUAACGCUGCUUUUUGACACGCCGUUCCAGAACAUCAAAAAUUAUUUUCUGAAGAAAUCAAAGAACACGGCAGUCAAGUCCGAUUAAACAGAAAGGGCUCUUUGAGUUCGCGCAAGGCUUAAUAAUGAAAAAAAGGGCCUUAAAUUUGUAAAUAGUCUGUGAAAUACCGUUGCUUGCCAUCAUAUACAAUGUAUAUGAGAGCCGAGAGCAUAUUUAUAGAAAAUUUCACCUUUUGCCUGUGUGCUCACUGUAAAUAAUUUGUUUUUUUAUCUUGUUUAUUCUAUUUUCUUUUUUACGUAUGCAAUGUUCGUAACGCCACAAAGAUGCCUAACUAAUCCCGCCUGGCUAGUUCUUAUUAUUUAUUUGAUUCAACUAGGUGAAUAAAUAAAUAAUGCAGAAUAUGUUGGAUUGCGGACAAGAUGUAAGCAUGAGAGAUGAAUAAAUAUGUUUUUACUGUUUUUA